AAGAGGGAAAAAGAGGAAAAUCCAGGUCAGAUGAAGGGUUGACAGGAAAAAUAAAAGGUGGUGGAUGGCAAAUUUGGAAUGAGGAGGUAGAAAAGGCUCCUGGGAACUGGCUGCCUGGCAGGCUAAUUGAAGCUCUGUGUGGCAGCAGAUUCAGAGCUGUCACUCCCAUGAAGAGCGCAUUGGCUACAUUUUGCAGGCUAUGUCCUGAAUUCUGAUGAUGUUAGAGAUAGCCCAGAGUGAAAAACCAACACUGUGUCACUCAGACCCCCACCCCCAUCCCCACCGCCCGCACAGCACAGCACAGCGCAGCACACAUCCCCCCGAAACAUAGCUCUCCACAGAUUAUAUGUAACACGGUCAGAAGCAUUCUGAACACGAGCUGUGUCUACAAAGUGCAACAUGUGAAUGUAAAUUAUUUAGUUGUAGGGAUUUUCUAAAUUUGUCGAGCAAUCUCAUACAUGAUAAUGUGAUAUUAGAGUCCGCUGGAAGACUUUUCACUUCUGCAGGUUUUCCCUUGUUGGAUUAGAAGAGAUUAUGUCUUCUAGCAGAGCACAUAGCCAGAAGCACCCAGUGAAUUAUUCAACACAAAUUUAGCCUAAUAUUUAUCUAAUAACCAAACACAGUAGAGCUUUUUUCAUGGUAAGAUACAUGUUGUUAUUAGGUUGGCUGUUAUUUUCCUCAUACUGACAUGUUUGACUUUUCUAGCAUAUGGUAUUGCACUAGUUGUCAGCUGAGGUGCAGUGUGAUAUCCCUAUGGAAACAACAUCAUCUCUACAAUAUGACAGAGAAUGAGAAUGAGCGCUCUACGGCGUUUACCUUAAUGAUAAUUCUUCAUCUUUUCCUCCAAACACUUCAUGCACAUAGGAAACCUUUAGUUACUUAAGGGCUAUAAAUUCAUGCUGGGGAUUAGGUUAAUUUAUAACAAGGUAAUAACAACACCCCAUUUUCAGCAGUGGUGAUUUAACUCCAGCAUUAGGGCAUUCUGUAGUUUCAAGGUACAGUAUAGAUACACCAAACCCCUUUUUCAGGCUAAUAUAUUAUUGAAUAAAAAGUACUGAUACAUUUACAUGUGCACUACUUUUAUAUUGCUGCUGGCAAAAGCUUGGUACAUGAAUACAUUGUUUGUGUGAGUCUCUGAAGCCUCAGUGAAUUAAUGAGAAGAACUGAAGCCUCAACAUUGUUUUUCUGUGAGUUCUGCUGAAACAUGAUAUUAGAGCAUUUUGUACAUAGUGGGAAUUCACUGCCUGUGAAGUCGCUAAGGUUUGUGUUGUGGUUACAAGCUGAUUGAUGUCAAAGCUCCAGCUUUCCCAUUCACCACCAGUUAAAGGACUCUGACAUUUUGUGUUGGAUGAAGGCUUCAAAAAAGACAAAAUCACUCAGCACACCUGCAGCUGUGCAGUUUCAGAGGGGAAAAUACAAUCUCCCAUCUCAUGAUGCCCUGGCACAGAUCCUACCAGAUAAUCAGCUGCUCCUCAACAGAGCGAAGACUGGGCUUCCAGGCACUGCCCAGCUAGACCAGAAGACUCCAGCUGAGAUGACAGACUCCACCGAGAAUGACAAACCUAACAUAAACAGCACGUAUCAAGUUCCUCAUCCACACACGCGACCCCCUCUGCAUGACUUUGAGGAUGAUCCCCACGUAGCAAAGAUCUCUGGCCUCCAAACAAAGGCACUCUUUCACCAUCAGGAGAUUGAAAACUAUCGCUCAGCGUUGUCUAGGAUGGCAGAAGACAUAAUAACACUUAGGACACAGGUGCUGUCUUUGGAAGCAGAAAACAGUCAGCUCCGCAGUGAUCUGUCUCUGCAGCAGGACCUUGGACGAGAUCUUCUGGCCGACACUGACAUUGAUGUCAUGACCAAGGCUGAAAUUGCUGACCGAAUAGCCACUCUAAAAUUCAAGCUUGCCAGUGAAGUGAGUAAGGCCACCACACAAAGGGACCGCAUACAACAUCUGCAGAACGAGCUGAUCCGGAAAAAUGAUAGUGAGCAGGAGUUAUUAAAGCUCCGCAGAGUCCUCCAGCAGGAGCAGAAGGAUCUGCAGCAUCACCAGAGUCACUUGGCAAAGAUGGCAACUUUAGAGGCCACAGUGAAACAGCAGGGAGAGGUCAUAGAAAAAAUGGAGAAAGCAUUAGAUGGAAAGCUCAGAGACAAGAAUAGUCAUCGUGGUGACAAAAGGCUGAUGCUAAUGGAAAGAGAUGGCCUUAAACAGAAGGAAAUGAAAUCAGCCUUGGCAGCAGAGAACGCCCGUCUCAGAAAAGAGCUGGAAAGGAUUCACCAGCUGCCUGCACCACUCAAAACACAACAGUCAGACCAGGAGGAAUGGAGUUUACAACAUAAAUUGGAGAGGGCUGAGGCACGAAUCCAAACACUGGAAGCUCAGCUGGAGGAGAACGCUAAAGUAUGGGGGAGAGAGAAGCAAGAAAUGCUGACCAAACUGAGCGAGCACAGGCACGGCUUCAUCCAAACAUCCAAAGCAAUCCUUCAAAAUGUUCCUUCGCUCCUUAUACCAGCAAAGAGGACAGCAGAAGCAAAACCUGGAAAAAGACCUGCAAAUGAAUUGAACUGUUGAUGGCACACACAGAGUCUGUGGUUUAAAAUGUAGAUGUCAUUCAAAUGUAAUGAUUUAAUCUGGAAAGUGUGUUUCAAAUGUAAACCAUGGACAGUUACAUAUAAAAACAGAUACUUUGUA